GUGUUUGACUUCCCUGUAUGAUGAAUUGGAAGAACGUUUUAUAAGAUGUCAAACAUUGUUUAUUUUGGAACGUUGAUAUUGAUAUCCUGUUUACUGUGUAAAUCAUGUGAAGCAGCAGUAGGAGAUGUUACUUGUACUACCAGUGAUUCCAGUAACUGUACAACAUAUGGCAAUGCAGAAUGUAAUACAGACAAAUGCCUUUGUAUGGAUAAUUUCUAUGAUAAUGGAAUAACCUGUCUAUCAAAAAGAGCCAUAGAAGAAAGUUGUACAAAUGCUGCACAAUGUAUUGCUGCCAAUUCUGAAUGUACUGGUGAUGAUGCAAUGACAUGUAAAUGUCCAGUCACACAUUUCCAUGAUGGUACCAACUGUGUUAGAAGAGCCAUAGGAGAAAGUUGUACCAAUGUUUCACAAUGUAUUGCAACCAAUGCUGAAUGUACUGGUGAUGGCACAAAGUCAUGUAAAUGUCCAGUCACACAUUUCCAUGAUGGUACCAACUGUGUUAGAAGAGCCAUAGGAGAAAGUUGUACAAAUGUUGCACAAUGUAUUGCAACCAAUGCUGAAUGUACUGGUGAUGGCACAAAGUCAUGUAAAUGUCCAGUCACACAUUUCCAUGAUGGUACCAACUGUGUUAAGAGAGCUUUAGGAGAUACAUGUACAAAUGUUGCACAAUGUACUGCUACAGAUUCUAUAUGUGCUGGUACUGGUACACAGACAUGUCAAUGUCCAACCACACAUUAUGAUGAUGGUACUAACUGUGCUCUGAAAAAGAAUUUGGGAGAAGCAUGUACUGACAGUGUACAAUGUAAUGAUAUUAACUCUGAAUGUGGAUUAUUGUCAGAAAAUUCUGUAUGUUAUUGUAAAAAAAUGUUCUAUGAUAACAACAACAAUAAUCUUGGAGGAAUUUGCAAACAGUGUAAGUAUAGGGGAAAUAAUAAUAUAAAAUGA